UCAUAUAGUUUUAAAAUUUUCAUCGAAUUUUUUCUCUUAUUUUCUUGAAACAAGUUGGAAUUUUAAAAGUUAAAAGUACAAAUAUAUCGAUGGGAAUAUGGAAAAUAAGAAUGCGGAGGCUGUUGGCAAUAAAAUUUAGCCACAUACAGAGACUUAAUUUUUAUGGACUUCUGGCGGCACUACUGUUUAAUGAGUACAUAAUUUAUUAUUUCAAUCGAUUAGGCUGGGAAAAGGCAGCAUGUGGAACAGAUUCCUGUUCACGAAUACUUUUCGUUGCUGAUCCCCAAGUACUGGGUGAAUCCAAAGAAUCGAGAUGGUAUGCUCGUUAUGAUAGUGAUAAACACAUAUCUCGUAAUUAUCAUCAAGCAGUAUCACAUGUCCGACCUGAUGUGAUUGUAUUUUUGGGUGACUUAAUUGACGAAGGAAGUUAUGCUGAUGAUUUCUCAUAUGAAAAGUAUUUUCGACGGUUUGUUGAUAUUUUUCCGGAACCGGAUGGUGUGAAAAUGAUUUUCAUACCUGGAGAUAAUGAUAUUGGCGGUGAAGGCUCGGAAAUGGUGAAGCCAUCAAAAGUGAAGCGCUUUAAUAAUUAUUUUGAAGACAAUAGUCAAUGGAAAUUCGAUAACAAAUUAAAUAUUUAUCAUAUUAAUCGAAUUACGCAUGAAUUGCCAUUGCUUAAGGAUAAAGAUAUGCCUCAAAUUGAGGAGAAUUCAGGAUAUACACGAAUAUUGAUUAGUCAUUUUUCAAUUAUUCUAAUACCAGGUGCAUAUUCCUACAAAGCAAUUGAAAGAUUUCGUCCGCAUGUUAUUUUCAGUGGACAUUAUCAUAGAAGUUCCCAAAUCACAUCUGAAUUAAAACGACUACGAUAUUCUACUACUUUACCAUUAAUGCAUUCAAUGUCAUACGAAUUACGUACAAUAGAAACAAAUCAAGAGGCUUUAGAAAUUCAAGUUCCAUCAUGUUCAUAUCGUAUGGGAGAAGAUCAUAUUGGUUUUGGACAAGCCGUCAUUGAAAAUGGAUACUUGCACUAUACACCUCUCUUUAUACCUAAUAGAUUUACACAACUAAGACUUUACGUAGUAUUUGGAUUUGUACUUAUUAUUGUUAAUAUAUUGAUCUCUCACAAUUUCCGAAAGCUUUUAAGAAAAUUCAAUUUUUCGCGCCAAAACUAUCAUCCUAUUUAAGAUUAAGGACAGUUUUUUUUUAGCUAAUAAGAAGAAAUUUUCAUAAAACCUUUAUGACAAAUAAGUGGACCCAAAAUUGAUGUCAAGUAAUUUAAAUUUGCCAAAGAUAGAUAAUGAGUCACAUAUGAAAAAUAAUUGUGUCAUUUAUUAAGCAUUGAAAAAUUUCCAUUCAUUAAUUUAAUUAAUUUAUUUCUAUACUGCAUCUAAAUUAAUUUUGU